GCCACGUCACGGCGCAUGCGCUCUCAGCGCGCCCACAAACCGCCAGGGGGCGCUCCUCACCGGCGUGCUCGUUUCCUUAGAGACUGAACCGGCCCUGGCUGGCGAGGCCUGGCAACCAAAACAGCGAAGAUGCCGUCGAAGGGAAAGGACAAAAGGAAAGGCAAGAGCAAAGACAAGAAGAAAACAGGAAAAACAGAUGAUUCUAUCUCUGUGGUGGAUCAAGCCAAGGCGAGUGCUGCCCUUUGGGAGGGCAGGUUGGAAAUCACAGAACUGUCUAGGAUUGAAUAUCGUGAUACUUCUCGGAGACUGGCCAAAAGUAAUGAGGACUUUAAGAAACAGCAGUAUAAAAUGGAGAAAGACACGAUGUCUGUAUUAAACUAUCUGAAGAAGCAGGAGCAGGAGAAAGAUAAUAUGAUUGAAAAACUGAAACAGCAGUUGGUUGAAACAAAGGAAAAAGCCCAAGCGGAGAAGGAAAAACUGGAACAAAAGUAUGCUCUGCAGAUAAGUGAGCUGGAGGGACAGUUCCAUCAAAAAGCCAAAGAAAUUGGCAUUAUUCAGACAGAGCUGAAAACAGUAAAACAAUUCCAGAAGAGAAAGAUCCAAGUAGAGAAAGAACUGGAUGAUCUGAAAGAAAAUUUAAGGGUGACAGAGAAGAAACAUCUGGAGACUCUUAGAAGAAUGGAAGGCAGAUUUUUUGAAGAAAAGCACCGACUAGAACAAGAGGCUGAAAAGAAGAUAAUAAUGCUAGCCGAGAGAGCCCACCAUGAAGCUGUGGUGCAAUUGAAUGCUGCUGGAAGAAAUGUUUUUAAAGAGAAUGUUUAUCUCCAGAAAACUCUUGCAUAUCACCUGAAGGAAGCUGAUGCUCUACAAAAAAACUCCCAGAAUUUGAAAGAGAGUCAUACCAAUCUGUUACAUCAAGAGGAGAUCAAUCAAUUACUAAUUAAGGAGAAGUUUUUGCAACUUACCCAGCAGAGAGCACAAAUCCACAUUCUUCAGAAGAAGGUGGUAAACUUGGAGAAUGCUCUGAGUUUUAUAACAAGAGAGUUUGAGGCUGAAGUUUUGAAAGUGAAGCAACAGGCAGUGAUAGAGAACCAGGCAGGUCAGGUAGAAAUUGACAAGCUGCAGCAACUUCUUCUGAUGAAGGACAGGGAAAUGAACCGAAUAAAGAAGCUGGCCAAGAACAUACUGGAUGAGAGAACAGAAGUGGAAUGUUUCUUUUUAGAUGCUCUACAUGAAGUGAAGCAACAGAUUUUGACAAGCAGGAAGCAUUAUAAGCAGAUAGCACAAGCUGCUUUCAAUUUAAAAAUGAGAAUGGCAUGUGCAGGAAAAACAGAAUACCCCCAGAUCAGGACAUUUGAUGGCAGAGAACACAGCACUAACAGUGUGAAUCAGGAUCUUAUGGAAGCUGAAAAAUGGACAAGUACUCAACGUAAUGUGGAUAUUGGAGAUUUGACUUGGGAGCAGAAGGAGAAAGUCUUGAGGUUGCUCUUUGCAAAAAUGAAUGGUUUUGUUCCUAGAUUUCAGAGUACUGUCUAUCCUACUUCCAUGCCUUCAAGGAAUAUGAGGAGGACUAAACCAUACUCUCACUCUUCCCUGGAACGUUACACAGGGCAAGAAAUGAAAAUAAGCUUCAAGAUCAGACUGAUGACACUGAGUUUAAAGAUCAGACAAAUGAAAUUGAGCUUCAAGAUCAAACAGAUGAAAGUAAGCUUCAAGAUCAAAUAUUCAUCACUCAGCAAGUUCCAGUCUCAGACUCUGAAAUGGCUCUUUCCAGUAUUCUGAAAGGAUCACAGGAGCCCAACAUGGGAACUUUCUGAGAAACACUAUGGAACAACACACGAGUCCACAGAAGCUGCUGACAAGCCCUUCUUUGUAGAAUCCUUGCUCCUGAAUAUGUUCAAGAAAUUUUCUUAAAGGGAAAAAUAUUUAACUCAAGUUACCUGUUUGCCAUAGAAAUUGGUGUCUCCUCUAAAGGAAGCUCGAGAGCCGGUAAAUGAGAACAUUGGCAAAGGCACUGGGAUAGGGACAUUGACUCCCACCUAAAGCAGAACAAAUCCAUAUCAAAUCCCAAGCAAAGGACUCAAACUAUGGAUUCUCAUUUAGAAGCACAAGACAACAAAAAGACUAAUCUUUUUUUUUUUUUUAGAACUUUUCUUUUUUCUUUUUAUUUAUGAAAGAGCCAUGUGAAGUAGAUAACUUCCAUCCCACAAAUUGUUAUUCCUGAGGAAGAAAUAGAGCAGUGGGGGAAAUUAAAGGGGCAAUCUUUAAGUAAGCUGCAGUGACUGAUCACUGCUUACUGCCUCUCAGGAAUGCUAAAGAGCUAGAAGAAUUUUCCAAACUUCUGUUCACAAACCUGUCCAACAUCCACCAGGUGGGAAUAUUUCCGAGCAGUGGCUCCAUUGGUGGUGAAGAUGGCAGUUCCAUUUCCAUAAGGGUUGUUGUUUAUAAUCUUAAUAGCUUCAUCCAAUGUUUCUGUCUCCAGGACCACAAGAACUGGGCCAAAAAUCUCCUCUUUGUAACAGGUCAUAUUUGGCUGCCAGGAGUGAUGUGUCCAGAAAGAAGUCAGCUUUUUGGAUUCUGAGUAUUUUAUGCUUAUUUGGUACUUUUACUACCCAGCUGUCUAUAUGGAUAGCUUUCAUGUUUGCAGUCUACUUUCACUUUAAAUCACCUAUUUAAAAAAAAGUUCUCUCUUACUCUGUUCUAUAUUCUGAGCUACCAACAUGUAAUAACUUGAAGUUCCUAUUAAUUAUAACCACAUUCCCAGUUUUAGUUCUCACAAAACAUCACUGGCCUCCCAUACCUGGGCAACCACUUCCAUACAAUUCUUAUGUUACCAAAAAGCUAUAGAAAAGUUAAUUUGUUAUAAAUCAAACA